AUGAGAAAAGAAUUGAAGAAAGUACUGAUUGCGAAUCGCGGGGAGAUCGCCAUCCGCAUUAUCCGAGCUUGCUGCGAUUACGACAUCAAAUCAGUCGCGGUGUACUCAGACCUAGAUGUGGACUCUCCUUUUGUGCGACUAGCCGAUGAGGCCUAUGGGCUGAAGGGCUUUCAAACAGUCGAUACCUAUCUUAAUAUCGACAAGCUUAUUGCGGUGGCAAAACGUUCUGGAGCAGAUGCCAUUCACCCAGGAUACGGGUUCUUAUCUGAGCGGGCGGAAUUCGCCCAGGCAGUCCUAGAUGCAGGGUUAACCUGGAUCGGGCCCGACCCGAGUGUGAUCGAAGCGCUUGGUGACAAGGUCGAGGCGCGACGCAUCGCGUUACGGGUCGGUGCACCGCUCGUAGCUGGCAGCAACGGGCCUGUGUCGACAGCAAAGGAAGUGAUGGCAUUCACCCGAGAGCAUGGCCUCCCGAUUGUGAUCAAGGCUGCCCAUGGAGGCGGUGGUCGCGGUCUGAAGGUCGCAUGGACUAUGGACGAAGUAACAGAAUGCUAUGGAUCUGCCGUGAGGGAAGCCACGGCGGCCUUUGGUCGGGGCGAAUGCUUCGUAGAGCGCUUUCUCCACCGUCCUCGACAUAUUGAGGCUCAGAUUCUAGCUGACAAGCAUGGUAACGUCGUGGUGGUCGGGACGCGAGAUUGCUCCGUACAAAGACGACACCAAAAGCUGAUCGAAGAAGCCCCAGCCCCACUUCUCACUACAGAGCAGCAGGAGAAAAUUCAGAAUGCCGCUCAGUCAAUCUGUUCCGCGGCUGGUUAUUCGGGUGCAGGAACGGUGGAAUUUCUCCUAGGAGUCGACGGCAGUAUCUCCUUCCUAGAGGUCAACACCCGACUUCAAGUUGAGCAUCCUUUCCGUAUUGCCGAGGGGCUCCCGCUGAGCAUCUCGUCCCCGAUUCCUCCCCGGGGUCAUUCUAUCGAAUUCCGCAUCAAUGCAGAAGACCCAGGGCGGGGGUUCCUACCAACGCGAGGGCAAAUCACGACAUUUCAACCCCCAUCCGGCCCCGGUAUCCGCCUGGACAGUGGUGUUGUCCAAGGCUCGACGAUCCCGGCGGUUUACGACUCCCUGAUGGCGAAGCUGAUCCUCUCUGGUGCAACCCGUGAACAGGCACUACGUCGCGCCCGUCGUGCGUUGAAAGAAUUCCAGAUAAGCGGGGUUGCAACUGUUUUGCCGUUCCAUAUUGAGACACUUAACUCGAACGACUUCCUAGGUACCGAUGGCUUUAAUGUGCACACUCGCUGGGUAGAGACCGAUUUCGCCGCGACACUAGCUCCUGGUCCACGGCCGGACCCAGUACCCGACCUAGAGCUCAUUCGGACUCAUUUAGAAAUCGAUGGCAAGCUCGUCUCGUUGGGCUUACCCAGUAUGCUCCUGAGCGGAAUUGGGUCAGUAGCAGCUGGUUCAUCGGCCAGUGCUCAGCAGAAAAGUGCAAAGAAAGACAACGGAGACAUCUUAGCACCGUUGUCUGGAACACUUCGGGCUUUGAAGGUCCCCGACGGAGCUUCCGUCCGCAACGGUGAGUUACUGGCUGUUAUGGAGGCGAUGAAAAUGGAAACACAGGUUACGGCGCCGAGGGAUGGGGUUGUCCGCCUUCUCACCAAAGAGGGUGAAUAUGUGCAGGCAGGGGGGGUGAUACUUACGUUUGAGCAAGAAGAACUCAUGUUCAAGAAUUGA